UAAGUCUUAAAGCUGAGGAUUCCUUUUCUAUCUUUUUUAUCUUUCAUCACUCACUCACAAAAGCAACGAACAAUCCAGAGAGAGAUGGAUCAAAUAAAACAGGAGUUUCUGAAGAAACUUGCCAAGUUCAUAGUAAUUUUAAUAUGGGUUUCAUCUCUUUUAAUCACUCUCAACUCCCAUCUAUAUAGGUUCACAAUUCACCUUGUAACACACGCGGUAGAUAAGAACUACAUGUUCCUACUCUCCAGUGCUCUCUUAGCGUUUGUCGCUAAGGGCAUCGCUACGUCAAAACCAGUAGAGGAAGGUUGGAGCAAGACUGAUAAAACCUUUGAUUACCGAGAUUUCGAGAGUUACGAUGCCAUAUUGGAGCUAGAGUAUUACCAUGUGCAUGAAAAAGAAAGAUAUUCUUUUCUUGCAGAGGAAGUUAGUACAAAUGAUCAAGAAACCGAAGAAAAGAAAGAAGAUCAAGAAACCAAAGAAGAAAAAGAAGAUCAAGAAACCGAAGAAGAGAAAGAAAAAGAAGAGUAUGCUGAGCCAUUAACAGAUAAUGGUGAUCUAGAGGAAGAAUGUGAUAUUCAUGGCGGAUUCAAAGAAGAGGAGGAUAAUGUGGGAGUGGUGACGGAGGAAGAGAUGAACAAGAGAUUCGAUGAGUUCAUUAGAAAGAUGAAGGAAGAGCUUAGAAUCGAAGCUAAACGGCACUUGAUCGUUGUUUGAUUUCUAGUUAAGUUAGUUAUGUUUAAGUUUAAACGCAUGCAAUAAGGUCAUAUAGAGCGAGUUUUCUAGACUCUUCUUCAUGUCAUCUGUACUUUGAGUAUCUCUUUUAAUGGAAUCUUUCUUAUAUGCAA